CUUCACCACCUGCCUAGGGGAAGAGGGUCUCUGUUUCUCUGUCUGUCUGUCUCUCUCUCAUUUGUCAGGAAUCUUUCGGCAUGACUGGGAAGCCCGUGCUUCACUACUUCAAUGGAAGAGGCAGGAUGGAGUCCGUUCGGUGGCUCCUGGCUGCAGCUGGAGUGGAGUUUGAAGAACAACUUUUUGAAACUCGUGAAGAAUUUGAGAAAUUAAUCCAAGGUGGAUCCCUGAUGUAUGAACAAGUGCCCAUGGUUGAAAUCGAUGGAAUGAAUUUGGUGCAAACGAGAGCCAUCUUAAGAUACAUAGCUGCAAAGUACGACUUGUAUGGAAGAAACCUGCAAGAACAGGCCUGGAUUGAUAUGUAUGUAGAAGGCUUGAGGGACCUGAGUGACAUGAUUAUGUUCUUUCCACUCUCUCUGCCGGAAGAGAAGGAGAUAAAUCUUGAAUACAUCCUCCAACGAGCCACGACAAGAUUUUUCCCUGUUUAUGAGAAGGCCCUCAGAGACCACCGGCAAGAUUUUCUUGUGGGCAAUCGGCUGAGCUGGGCGGAUGUGCAGCUCCUGGAAGUCAUCUUAAUGGUUGAAGAGUGCAAAGCCAAUGCUCUGGCAGGCUUCCCUCUGCUGCAGGAAUUCAAGGUUAGAACCAGCCAACUCCCUACAAUUAAUAGAUUUCUUCAACCUGGAAGCCAGAGGAAGCCUCCGUUGGAUGAUGAAUCUAUUGAGACUGCGAAGAACAUAUUCAAAUUUGAACAAGGCAUGUUUCUUAAAAACAUGAGCACUAUAGUAGCUGAAUACUAACAGACACAGAGGCCCAAGUGACUCAGUAAACACUUCACACUGUGUUUGUAUCAAUAACCAGGAAAACAUCCUUGAAGCCAUGUUGGUAAAGAAAUAAUAAAUGUACAAGGAAAUAAACUACUGGAAACUUACCAAUAAGUCAGAAAAGCUAACUCCUGUUUGAAAUAAGACAUGCUACCAAGAAUGAGUCCAGGAAACCAAGU